AUGAUCUCGCAGGAAUCCUACGCGGGCCCGCUGUUCAACUCUGUCCGUGUCACAGGCCAGCUUGUCCCGCUUGACGGCACUGACAGCUCGCAGAUUGCGCUCCACGACUCGUACUUUGACAGUGUCGGGACGACGGCCAAGGAUCUGUUUGUCGGCGCACCUGCAGGCCACAACCCCCACGACGGAGCAUCAAACUUUGCCUCUGAGCCGUUCCCGCCGACCUAUCCGCCCCCGUAUCAUCGUCGGAUGAGUGCAGACACCCAGGUCUCGUCUGCAGAUUCGACGACAAACCAGGGCCCUUACUCGUCUUCUCCCGACCACCACAAGCACCAGACUGUCACGCCCGAGAACAAGAUGAGCUCGCUCGUUCUUCCGCCCAUCAACGAUAUCCAGCGCCAGUCCUCGCCAGAGCACUCGGACGGCUCGGCCUCGACGCGUUCUCCGCAAUGGCACCAACAGCAGCAGUAUCAUUCUGUACACACCGUCCCUCUCCAGUACACCCAGAUCCCGCCCCAACAGCAGUUUCCUCCGAUUGACCACUCCCGCUCCCGUCCCCAGCUGCAUAUACAGCCCCCCGAGCACCACAGACUCACGCCUGUAUCCUAUUCGACCCCGACGACGACAUCGACCAUCAACGGCUACUCGACGAGCAGCAGCAACACGUCCUACAACCCUUAUUCGUCCGUCUACCGCCCUCCGCCCCCGCAGGGUAUCGCCCAGCAGCCCCAACAGGCCUAUCGUCCUCCCAUGAUGGCCUCGAGCCAGACUCCGACCAACCAAACCACGCCCGUUGCUGCACCACUGCUCACUCCAGCCACGCUCGCCGCGGCCGUGGGUACGCCUCAGCGUCGCCGUGGAAAGCUCCCAAAGCCCGUUACAGAGUUUCUCAAAAAGUGGCUUCUCGCCCACACGGACCAUCCGUAUCCGACCGAGGAUGAAAAGAAGUGGUUGUGCUCCGAGACGGGUCUGAGCAUGAGCCAGGUCUCUAACUGGAUGAUCAACGCUCGUCGCAGGAUUCUGGCCCCAGCUGCAAAGGCAAACGCAGCAGCGGCAGCGGCUGCAGCUGCCGCCGCUGCGACGACCGGUGGGCCCAUGGGUUCGAGUGCCACCGCCACGACGGCCUCUCCGUACUAUAGUCGCUCGCCCCCCGUCCGUACCGUCUCUGGCUCGAGCUCCGAUGCAUCGUUGGCGGCCAUGUAUGGCAAUGGGAGUUACCCACCUCCGCGUCGCGAGUCGUAUACUCCUUAUCCACACCCUGCUUCGCGUGUGACCAAUGCACAUCACCCGGGUGCGCACCACCAUCAUCAUCAUGGCGGCUACUCGCCGGUUGCGAGUUCGCCAUACCCUCCGAGCACGGCUCCUUCGUUUCCGUCUGCCUAUCACUUUCAGUCUUCUUCGACUUCGUCCUCGACGACCGCUGGUGGUGGAGCUUCGGCGCAUAAUCCCACGAGCUCGCUCGCUCCGUACAGCUCUUCGCCCUUUGACGGCUCUCCGACGACGACGGCUGGCCAACAGCUGCAGGAGCAAGACGCCGUCUCCGAACGCACCAAAUCGCCCGCAGGCGAUUUUGCAUAUGCGCCCCAGUAG